UUAUCCGUUUUUUUUUCUUUCCUUUAAAUAUACAAAAGUGAGUACUAUAUGUAUUUAAACAGACGUUAUGUGAAGGGAUACUUUUUCGUUGAUGUUAUUAGCUCAGUACCAUACAUGUGGUUUUAUCCAACACUUAUUUUACCGCCUGGUCUACAUUCAAAUUCUGCAUUACUUAUCUUCGAAAUUUUGCCUAUCUUGAAAUUAAUUCGUAUACCUACAGUACGACAAAAUGUUCAACAGAUCAAUGCGAGUUUUAGGAUUUCUCAAGUUCAACAUAUAACAAUAUGGCUGAUUAUUUUAACAUUAUUAAUUUUUCACUGGAGUAGCUGUAUAACUUACAUAUUCCCCUAUAUCAUCAUGCAUGUACAAGAGAAAACGAUGGAAAGUUCAGAUGCAUAUUAUUUUUCGACAAAACUUCAUGAUAAGUCUGACUGGGAAGAGUAUUUAGUAUUUGUGCAUAUUGGUGUGAGUAAUUUGAUCGGCUCUAAUUUUAUGGAAUUUAAUCAGUUUGGUACUUUGGAUACAGUAAUAAGAUGCAUACUUCUACUCUUGGGAAAAGGCUACAUAAUUUACCUGAUUGUUACGAUCCUACAACUCUUGGAAUCAUCGGCAAAACCAAAGCUCAAAUAUCAACAAACCAUGCACGAAGUGAAAGAAUACAUUCGUCAGAAUAAACUUCCAUUAUAUUUACAAGACAAAUUAAUUUUCUAUUAUAAAUAUCGUUACCCAGACAAUUUAUUCAAGGAGAAUAUUAUAUCUGACACUCUUUCGGACCACUUAAAUGAAGAAAUUCUAUUCCAAAGCUGCCCAAAAUUGCUAGAUAUCACAAUUCUUCAUAAUUUACCCCGCAAUAUCCUUGGUAAUUUAACAAACUCAUUGAAAAUGGUGAUAUAUCUUAAGGAAGAUGUAAUUUACAAAGCUGACUCUGAAGGUGAUUGCAUGUAUUUUAUAGCCAGUGGAACUGUCGCAUUGAUCACAUUUUCCGGAAAAGAAAUUUGUCAUCUUCGUGAUGGUGAUUAUUUUGGCGAGGCUAGUUUGAUUUAUUCCAAUAAACGCAGAGAAGAAUCAGUUAUUGCCUUAGAAGUGUGCGAACUGCUUCGCUUGUAUCGUCGUGAUUUCAGGCGUCUUUUUACCACAAAUUCGGAGUUUUAUAAUAAUCUGGAGCAUAUUGCGCAAGAACGUUCAAGAAAAAUAAAAAAGUUAAAAGAAUAGAAGAAAGUCGAAGUUGAAAGAUAAAUCAAAUGAUUAAGCAGUAUAUAGUU